CCCUUGUGUGACACUCACAGUGAAACACACCCAAACCUCACACACUCUCACACACAGUCACACCACAUGCUCCAGGACCGUUCGCUCAGGAUGGCCACUCACAGAAAAUGCCCCAAAGCGUCAAAUGUAGCUUUCUUAAGCUGUCUUUUUGCUGUCUUAUUUCAAGCUGUGAUUUGUGAUGCAGUCCGUGGGGAUGGUGACCCGUUCCUUCCAACAGAAAAGGUGCAAAGCAAAGAGACGCCACAACCCAAGACCACUGAGCUAACUCCAGAACAGACCGACCCAAACCCAGCUGUCACUUCUAAGGGCAAUGUGGUCUGUGUGGAUAAAAUACCUGUGCGAUACAAAUAUGAUGUGCAGCUGAAACUUAAGGCCUCCUCCACAUGUGAAGAGACUAAAGUCAGGAUACAGAGUGUUCUAGAACAUCUCUGCGGUGAAGACUGCAAACUUGAAAUCUAUCAGAAAGACCAAACGGAUGAGGUCAUCGUUUAUGGAGACAGCAUUGAAGCGGAUCCUGAAGGAAUGGCUGGGAAGUUCAACAAUGACAACAUCACAGAUAAGGUGGAAGUAGAGGAGGCCGUGUUGGGCCAUCGCUCUAAAAUUGUCCUGAUCUCUCUUCUGAUAACGGGUUUGCUUCUUGCUGCUUUGCUAAUUGCUGGAUACCUUCUAAAGACAAAUCGGGGACAAUCGAAAGGGCUACGACUGGCUGAGGACUCCUUUCAAGUGGAUCAAGAGAACCAAGGCAACACACUGCUGUCUGUGGCUCCUCUGCCUCAACAGGAGCCUUUGGACAAGCCCAUCAUCAAUGGAGAGUCUCCAGAAUCUCCCCCCACCAAUGGACACUCCGCCACCCAGACACAAGUGGCCGAUACUCCGAUGUAAGCGACUCGGAGUCCACAUCAAUCCAUCGACCCAAACAUCAUGGGUUAUCAAGCGCAACAGCAUUAGGUGUGAUAAAAAAAAAAGAUGAGGUUGAGAAAAAACAGUGAUGAAAGUACGAGAAACUCAUGUGAAAAGACUGAUUGCUAGACAGCCUUUUAGAUGAAAGAACCAAAUCCGUUCCAGCUGAGCCUGAAAUGUUAGCUGAUGAAUAACAAUUCAGAAACCACAUCAGUUAUAUGCAAACAUUUACACUUUUAAAUAUGUUUGGACUCCACCAGUGUUUUGACGCAUUCUCUUGAGAGCUCCCAUGUUUAAGGAAUUUGUAAGCUGGAUAUAAUGAAUAGGAUUUGUAUUAUAUGUGUAGAAGAGACAAAAUUUGAAGUAUGUACAGUAUUCAUACUAGAAAAGCAUUCUCAAGUCUACAACUGCUGCUCUACAUAGUGUUGCUGGUUACUAGCAUGUUCGUUAACAUUAUGAACAAUACUUUUACAGCAUUUAUUAAUCUAUGAUGAUGCCCAUUUCUUUAUAUACAAAAUGAUACAUUUUUAAUGUAUCAAGUAGUAUAAAUUAACAUUAAUGUACUAUGAAUGAAUAUGAAUUAAUUAACAUUAACUUUGAUUAUUAAAUGCUAUAAAAUUGUUCAUGUCAACGUUGUUCAUGAAAUCGAAUUCAUUAAUGUUAACGAACUGAAACUCAUUGUGAAGUGUUAUUCUUAAAUGUUUAGGGAGUCAGAAUAAUAACUAUUUUCUGGAUUCAACAGUUCUUAAAAUUAGGAUUCUUAUCAGAUAGAAUAGGGUUGGUUAUCAACUCUGGCCUUUCAGUGUAGCCUCAUUUUCAAUCACCUUUAUGUUAGCAUUUUGCAUUUUCCACCCUUGAUUUGAUUCAUUUUGGUAAUUUACAGGAUGCUUAUGCAUUUCAGACUUUUUUGCAUUGGGCAGAUGCUUUUAUCUAAGCAACUCUUGCAUAAAUACAUUUAAUCAGAAUGCAUGUUCCUGGAAACUGAACUCAGGACCUUGGAAUUUCUAACAUUAUUCUUUACAAGCUGAGCUGAAAAAUGUGUUAUACGCAAAGAGCUGUAAAGUGGGAUCUCAUAACAAAAGUACAGUUAAAACGCUUUGAGUAUCAGACAUCAUGCACUCACACACAUCUUAAUGGUAAAGACAAAAAAACCAUCAGAACAAAUGACAAAUUUCACUUUUACUGUUUGUGUAAUUGCAUAUAUUUUUAUACAAAGUAUAUUUUAUACUUUUUUGGUUUGGUGUGUCAUCUAGACAUUCAGUUAGUUACUCAGUGGGGUGGGGGGGGCAUGAAGAUGUAGGAAUAUUUGUUUAGCAUGCAGAAGUGUAUGUGAGUGAGUUCUUUUAUUGUUUUGUUUGUCAUAUUUCAUUUAUUAUGGAAAAGCCACAUUUCUGAACUGCUAGAGAACAAAGCAAAAUUUUCAUCUUUUUUUACAGAAUAUCAAAAGUUUAGUUUUUUUUUUUUUUACUGUAUCUUUCUUGAUCUUCUGAGAAAUCUGAAAAAAAUAAUAAACUUUUGUUUGGGUCACAUU